UGAACAUUUGAACAGUUAACAUGAUUCUUUUUGCUUUAUUGGCGAUUCUCGCUGUUGUGAUUUAUUUCACAAAUCAGCAUUACUUUAGUUAUUGGACGAAUCGAGGAUUUCCUUACAAAGAACCAACCUUUUUCCUUGGUGAAUUAAAAGGAAUGAUUACAAUGAAAAAGAGUUUUGGAGAUUUUUUUACACAUAUUUAUGAAAAUUACAAGAACAAGAAAUUAUUGGGGCUCUAUUUCACAUAUCGACCAACUUUACUUGUCAAUGAUCCAAUGCUUAUCCAGGAAAUAAUGAUUAAAGAUUUCACAAGCUUCCAUGAUCGUGGAUUUCCAGUCGAUGAAGAAAUUGAUCCACUUGGUGGACAUUUAUUUUUACUGGCUGGACAGAGAUGGAGAGAUUUAAGGGUAAAAUUGUCACCAACAUUCACAUCUGGAAAAUUGAAGGGAAUGUAUCCAGCCAUUAAUGAUUGUGGUCAUGUUUUGCAAAACUACAUUGAAAAGGAAGUAAAAAAUGGUAAUGACGUUUUCGAUGCCCGUGAUUUACUAGCUAGGUUCACUACAACUGUCAUAUCAUCAGUUGCAUUUGGAAUCGAGAAUGACUGCAUUAAUGAUCCGAAUAAUAUAUUCCGUAAAAUGGGUCUGAAAAUUUUUCAACCAAGUUUUAGACAAAUGGUUCAAGAUAUUUUGGGUAUGUUUGUGCCUAGUGUACUGAUAAAAUUGAAAAUUAAACAAAUCCCACAAGAUAUUGAAGACUUCUUCAUGUCAGUCGUAAAACAAUCAAUUGACCGUCGUGAGAACAACAAGGAACUUGAAAGAAAAGAUUUUAUGCAGCUUUUAAUACAACUUAAAAACCAAGGUUAUGUGUCUGCUGAUAAGGAUGACGAAAUCGAUGAUAAGAUUAAGGAACAUGACAAUAAAAAAUUGGAAACAAAAAAAUUAACCUUCAACGAGGUCGCUGCACAAACAUUUUUGUUUUUCGUUGCCGGUUUCGAAACUUCAAGUUCCACAUCGAACUUAUGUCUAUUUGAAUUAUGCAGACAUCCAGAAAUUCAGAAAAAAGUCCAAAAGGAAAUUGAUGAAGCACUAAAAGCAGCAAAUACAAAUGAAAUAACUUACGAUAUACUCCAGGAUUUGAAGUACCUUGAGUGCUGUGUUGAUGAAGCACUUAGGAAAUAUCCAAUCGUACCUGUUCUUAUUAGAGAAUGCACAAAAGAUCAUACAUUUAGUGAAACUAAUUGGACAGUUGAAAAAGGUACAACAAUAUUCCUUCCCGUUCAGGCACUUCAACGUGAUCCAAAUAUUUAUGAUAAUCCAAUGGAAUUUAUUCCUGAAAGAUUUAUUGAUUCCCCAACUGGAAAUGGAAACUCGAAAGGAUUGUAUUACUUGCCAUUCGGUGAUGGACCUAGAAACUGCAUUGGUGCACGUAUGGGAAAAUUACAGACAAAACUUGGACUAGCUAUGAUGUUAUCAAAGUUCUCGUUUGAACUGGUUGAUAAAAGCUUAUUAACGAAAGAGUUUGAAGUUCAUCCUAAUCAAUUUAUUUUAACUCCAAAAGAUAAUAUCAUGAUGAAAGUAAAAGUUCGUCAGUAAAGCUACAUGUUUGACAAAACUGUACAAUAUUUCAGCAGUAUUUGAAUAAAUAUCAUCUCUGUUUUUCAAGAAGGGGUCGUUCACUGUUGAAUCUUUCAAACUCAUUUUUAUUAAUUCUUUCUCCCCUUACAAAACAAAGUGACAAACCCCUUUUUGACAAAGUUAUAUAAAAUAAAAAUAUCAUCGCAGUUAUCUUUGAAAUAUUCUGAAAUUGUUUUAAUUCUUAAUUGAAAUUGAAUAUUUGCCUGAAACAGUUUUAAAUACAGUUCUCUGAUUAUUAAGAACUUUAACCUAAAGUUUGUG